AUGGGCGCGACACGCGCGGACGCCGACGAGAAGGACGCCGACGAGAAGGAGGAAGGCGUGAUGGCGACGGACUUCUUCUGGUCGUACACGGACGAGCCGCACGCGUCGCGCCGCAGGGAGAUCCUGGCCAAGUACCCGCAGAUCAAGGAGCUCUUCGGCCCGGAUCCUCUCGCUUUCAUCAAGAUAGCCGCAGUUGUUUCGCUACAGCUAUGGACUGCCACGCUCCUGCGCGACGCAGGCUGGUCGAAGAUGCUGGUGGUUGCUUACUUCUUCGGCUCCUUUCUGAAUCACAAUCUCUUCCUCGCGAUCCAUGAGCUCAGCCACAACCUCGCCUUUGCCACCCCAUCCCUGAACCGCUGGCUAGGCAUCUUCGCAAACCUCCCCAUCGGCGUCCCAAUGUCGGUGACAUUCCAGAAAUACCACCUGGAGCACCACCGGUUCCAAGGCGUGGACGGGAUCGACAUGGACAUUCCCAGCCAGACGGAGGCGCACGUCGUAAAGAACACCGUCAGCAAGUCCAUCUGGGUCGUGCUCCAGCUCUUCUUCUACGCGCUCAGGCCGCUCUUCCUGAAGCCAAAGCCUCCGGGCCUGUGGGAGUUCACCAACCUGACGAUCCAGGUCGCGCUCGACGCGGCCAUGGUGUAUCUCUACGGCUGGAAGUCGCUGGCCUACCUCAUCCUGUCGACGUUCCUCGGCGGCGGCAUGCACCCGAUGGCCGGCCACUUCAUCUCGGAGCACUACGUGUUCAGCCCGGAGCAGGAGACCUACUCGUACUACGGGCCGCUGAACCUGAUGACGUGGCACGUGGGGUACCACAACGAGCACCACGACUUCCCCAGGAUCCCCGGCACCAAGCUGCACAAGGUGAAGGAGAUUGCGCCGGAGUACUAUAACAGUCUGAAAUCAUACAGGUCCUGGAGCCAGGUGAUAUACAUGUACGUCAUGGACCAGACGGUCGGCCCUUUCAGCCGGAUGAAGAGGAAGGCGCCCAAGAAAGAUUCGUAG